AUGAUGGGCAAGAUCGAGUCUGAUACGGACUCACAAAGUUCCAUUGAACAUGAGCUCGCCGCUGCCCUCCCGAAAACCGACCGACCGUGGUGGAAACAACAUCACUUGCUGAAGCUUAAUCUCAGCAUUGGCUCUAUUUUGAUGUUUUCAUCCGCCAACGGCUACGACGGCACGUUGAUGAACAGUCUUCAGGCGUUGACACAGUGGAAUGAGUUUAUGAGCCAUCCGACAGGAGCUUGGCUUGGUUUCAUCAAUGCAGUCUAUUGGUUGGGUGUUGGCACUUGCUUCCCAUUAGCUGCCUUUGUUGCCAAUGAAUACGGCCGUAAGCCCGGCAUCUAUGCUGGUGUCCUGUUCCUUAUUCUAGGAACGACCCUUCAGGCAGCUUCCCAGAAUGCGGGCGCAUUUGUUGCCGCCCGUUUCUUCAUAGGCGUAGCUGGGUCUUGGUUCGGCGCCUGCAUCCCCGUCUUGAUCAAUGAAAUCGCCUACCCUACCCACCGCGGCAUCGUCAACGCCCUCUACAAUUGCGGCUGGCAUGCUGGCAGCAUCGUCGCUGCCUGGGUUUGCUUCGGUACCCGCAACAUGGAGUCCUCUUGGAGUUGGCGUCUUCCCUCGCUGUUACAGAUUGCGCUUCCCGCCCUGGCCCUACCAGGUCUGAUGACCGUCCCGGAAAGUCCCAGGUGGCUGGUCUCGAUGGCGAGGAUCGAUGAGGCCAGGAGAAUUUUGACCGCCUGCCACAGCGCAGGAGACGCCUCCUCCCCUCUGGUGGCUCACGAACUCACGUCAAUUGAAGCAGCGCUCAAGGACGAGACUCUGGCCAAGGGGAAGACGUCGUAUGCCGACAUGAUCAAGACGCCGGGAAACCGCCAUCGGCUGUUCAUCAGCAUUACCCUGGGCAUUUUCGCACAAUGGUCGGGCAACGGCGUUGUCUCGUACUACUUGGCCUUGGUGCUUUCGGCCUCCGGUAUAAAGAAGUCUAAGGACCAGCUACUCAUCUCCGGCUGCAUGCAGAUUUGGAACCUAAUCUUCUCGGUUCUUGCCGCCGUUUCCAUCGAUCGCUUGGGGAGACGGACUCUCUUUCUAUCCUCGGCUGCUGUUAUGCUUGUCGCGUACAUUGUCAUCACUGGCCUCUCUGCAUCGUUUGAGCAGACAGGCACGGCGUCAGUUGGCCUUGCAAACGUUUGCUUCCUGUUCAUCUUCUAUGCAGGGUACGACAUCGCGCUGACACCUCUUCUCACUUCAUAUCCCACCGAGUGCUGGGGGUUUGCGCUGCGAGCAAGGGGGAAUGCCGUCACGUGGUACGCCACUGUCGUUGCAAUCUUCUUCAACACUUUCGUGAACCCAAUCGCUCUGGAUGCAAUCGGCUGGCGAUACUACAUCGUCUUUGUGGUCGUGCUCAUACUCUACGGAGUGACGGCGUACUUCUGUUAUCCCGAGACCAAGGGCAUGACACUUGAGCGCAUUGCUCUGGUUUUUGAUGGGGAUGACGAGGUACCAGAGGCUGCAUCUGAAAUCAAUAUGGCGGUAGAGACAAUCACGGUGCAGAUUAAAGUCGUUGCGAUGGUGGAUAGUAGCACCCUACGUACAACCUAA